AUGGCGGUGGAAGACUCCCCUCUAGCGUCCCUUUCUUCCCGAUUCCCACUUACGUUCCCCAUCCCUACUCCCGUCACUCACUCUCAUCUCAUCUCCGCGUCCGACCUAGCGACAGAAGAAGACCUGCUUCAAAACCCUGACAAUCUUCGAUCAUGGCUCUCGUAUAUUCAUCAACUGAAAGACAGGAUAUCGAGGUUAGAACCACCACAAGGAGAUACUUCAUCACCUGAAGAAAGUUUACUGGGUCCAUUAUCAACCCAUGUCGCGAGAGAAGGGUUACAACAAUUGACCUUGGUGUAUGAGAGGGCACUGUCGAUAUUCCCAACAAGUUUCAAAUUAUGGAGAUCAUAUAUCAAUAUGCGACAAUCAUAUGUACUUGGAGAAUUGACUAAUGAAGCUAAAACGGCUAGACAACAACAAUCGAAAAGAGGCUCAUCGUUCAAAACUAACGUUAGAGAAUUAUUGGAUGCUGCCGAAUUAGCUAAUGAGUGGAAAGAUGGUUUAGAUGGUAUAAUUGGAUACGAAGAAUGGAGAUCUUUAAUCGCAACAGGUGAAAGAAUGAUAGCUUGUUUAAGUCAUUUACCUGUUCCAUGGCUAUUACAUCUUUCAAUUCUGUUACAUCCAAAAUGUCCUUCCGCAUUCAAAAGAACAUAUGCCAGAAGAACAUUCGAUAGAGCUUUGAGAACUUUACCACCAAGUUUACAUGGAAGAGUUUGGGGCUUAUAUCUGAGAUGGGCAGAGCUGAUGGGCGGUGAAGCAGGAGAAAGGGUUUGGAGAAGGUAUUUAAAGGUUGAUCCGUCUCUCACUGAGCGACAUAUUGCCUAUCUUCUUGACGCAUCUCCUCCUCGUCCGCUUGCAGCGUCCAAAUACCUGUUGUCCCUCGCCCGUCGCGCUGCUAAAAACCUGUACUCCUCGCUAGAAGGUAAAUCGCCAUACCAGCUUUUUGUUGAUUUCCUUGAAUUAGUAGAACGUUAUGCAGACGAAGUAGGGAUGGAUGAAGAGCAAACGCUGGAAUUAAAAGCUGCCAAACAAGUCGCUGAAGAGCAGAUAGCGAAACCUACGGAAGAAAGUGAUUCUGCGCCAGUGGAAGAACCAGCAAGUAUCAACGGAAGAUUGAUGAGAAUUGCUGGACCACCCGUACCUGUUGAACAAGGUAAAAUAUUCAAACCCAAAGAUGCUAUCACGGUGAAAAAAGGACCUGAAGAUCUACCGUACGAUGAAGAUAUAGAUCCUGCCAACACACGUUUACUUGAUGUCGAAGGUAUAGUGGAAAAAGAUGGAUUGGAAGUAUACAAAGACCAAGCCGGUAGAUUGUGGACUGGACUGGCAACAUACUGGAUAAAAAGAGGAGAAUUUGAAAGAGCUACAACAACGUUCGAAAGAGGUUUAGCAGCAGUAGUGACGAUAAGGGAUUUCACACAAAUCUUUGAUGCUUAUGCCGAAUUCUCAGAGACGAUGAUCUCAACUUUAAUGGAUGCUUUAGCUGAUGAAGAUAAUAUCGAAGAUGAAGAGUUUGAUUUGGAAGAAACCGAAAAAGAAUUAGAUGAAAGAAUGAAAUCAUUCGAAGAAUUGAUGGAUAGAAGACCGUUUAUAGUAAAUGAAGUUUUACUCCGAAGGAAUCCAAAUGAAGUUGUUGAAUGGGAGAAAAGGGUUGCACUAUAUGGUGAUGACGAUGAAAAGGUGGUUGAAACUUAUGUCAAAGCGUUAGAUACUAUAAACCCAAGAAAAGCUACAGGACCUCUUUAUCCACUAUAUGUCAAUUUCGCUAAAUUCUAUGAAGAAGGUGGAAGUAAAGACCUCGAAACAGGUGAAUCAAAGAGUGAACCUGAUCUUAAACAAGCCAGAAAAAUAUUGGAAAGAGCAACGAAAGUACCUUUCAAGAGUGUAGAUGAAUUAGCAGAAGUUUGGUGUGAAUGGGCUGAAAUGGAAUUGAGAAAUGAGAAUUAUGACGAAGCUAUUCGAAUGAUGCAAAGAGCUACGACGAUCCCUCGAGAUCCCAAAAAAAUCAACUUCUAUGAUGAAUCCGUUUCGCCACAAACACGUCUGUUCAAAUCCCUCAAACUUUGGUCAUUUUACAGUGAUCUGGAAGAGUCUAUUGGCUCAGUCGAAUCAACCAAAGCUGUUUAUGACAAGAUUAUGGAACUAAAGAUUGCUAAUGCUCAAGUCAUUGUCAACUAUGCUGGAUUCUUAGAGGAGAACAAAUACUUCGAAGAGAGUUUCAAGGUAUAUGAACGAGGUAUCGAGCUUUUCCAUCCAUCAGUAGCAUUCGAAAUCUGGAAUAUUUACUUAUCCAAAUUCGUGAAGCGAUAUGGUGGUAAAAAACUUGAGCGAGCCAGAGAUCUGUUCGAACAAGCGCUAGAGAAUUGUCCACCUAAAUUCUGUAAACCAAUUUACCUUCUUUAUGCCAAAUUGGAAGAAGAACAUGGAUUAGCUAAACGAUCAAUGGGAAUAUAUGAUCGGGCAUGUACGACAGUUCAAGAUUCAGAUAAGUUCGACAUGUUCACUAUAUAUAUAGCAAAAGCAACCGCAAACUUUGGAUUACCAGCUACACGACCUAUAUAUGAAAGAGCUCUAGAAAACUUACCGGAUAAACAGACUGCUGAGAUGUGUAAAAGAUUCGCUAGGAUGGAAAGGAAAUUAGGUGAAAUUGAUAGAGCAAGAGCUAUUUACGCUCAUGCAAGUCAAUUCUGUGAUCCAAGAAUCGAAAGUGGUUUCUGGGAAGAAUGGAAUCAAUUCGAGGUCGAUACUGGAUCCGAAGAUACUUUCAGAGAAAUGCUACGAAUCAAAAGAGCUGUUCAAGCAGCUUUCAACACUGAGACAUCAUUCAUCGCAGCUCAAACUGCUGCAGCAGCGAAAGGAGCUGAAAAACCUACGGAUACAGCACAAACAAUCGCUAAAGACGCGGCUGAUCCGAUGGCCGCCAUGGAAAGAGAAAUGUCAGGUACUGGUACCGCAGCUUCAAAGAAGAUUGGCGGACCUGCUUUCGUGGCAAGUACUUUGAAAACUCAAAAUGCUCAUGGAAUAGAUCAAUCUCAAGAUGAAGAGCAAACAGCAAAUCCAGAUGCGAUAGAAAUGGAUGAAGAUGAGUUUUAA